GCGGCGGGCGGGGCCGGAAGGCGCGCUCCCACGUGUGCCGCGGGGCGGGGCGGGGGCGGCGGGCCCGGCCGGUUCGCUGGCGGCAGCCGGGCAGCCUCAGCCAUGGGCUGGCUGCCGGCGCAGGGCCGGCUGGCGGCGGGGCUGCUGGUGAACCUGGCCGCCUCCAUCUGCAUCGUCUUCCUGAACAAGUGGCUGUACGUGCGGCUGGGCUUCCCCAACCUCAGCCUCACCCUGGUCCACUUCGCCAUCACCUGGCUCGGCCUCUACCUGUGCCAGGCGCUCGGCGCCUUCUCCCCCAAGAGCCUCCAGCCCGCGCAGGUGAUGCCGCUGGCCCUCAGCUUCUGCGGCUUCGUCGUCUUCACCAACCUCUCCCUGCAGAGCAACACCAUCGGCACCUACCAGCUGGCCAAGGCCAUGACCACGCCGGUCAUCGUGGUCAUCCAGAGCGUGGCUUACGGCAAGACCUUCCCCCUGCGGAUCAAGCUGACCCUGGUCCCCAUCACGCUCGGCGUCUUCCUCAACUCCUACUACGACGUGAAGUUCAAUGUCCUGGGGAUGGCAUUCGCCACCCUGGGCGUCCUGGUGACCUCCCUCUACCAAGUGUGGGUAGGCGCUAAGCAGCAUGAGUUGCAGGUAAACUCUAUGCAGUUGCUGUACUAUCAGGCACCAAUGUCCUCAGCUAUGUUGUUGUUCAUCAUACCCUUCUUCGAGCCAGUCUUCGGAGAAGGGGGAAUAUUUGGGCCCUGGACGCUUUCUGCUGUGAUAAUGGUACUGCUGUCUGGAAUAAUAGCCUUUAUGGUAAACUUGUCUAUUUACUGGAUCAUUGGAAAUACGUCACCAGUCACGUACAACAUGUUCGGACAUUUCAAGUUCUGCAUCACUCUCCUGGGAGGGUGCCUCUUAUUUAAGGAUCCACUGUCGGUUAACCAAGGCCUUGGGAUUCUGUGCACAUUGUUCGGCAUUUUAGCCUACACACACUUCAAGCUUAGUGAGCAGGAAAGCAGUAAGAGUAAAUUGGUCCAGCGUCCAUAAAGCAAGAGUUUCUGAAUACUGUUGUGAAGGAAAACAAGUAUUUAAUUAUGCAUUGAUUCUAGAAUGCGCGAAAUUGCCUCAGUCAUUUAGAUCUAUGGUUUUAGUUUAACUACCAGGAUUGUUAUUCUGUAACUAAACCAAACGAACUGAAUUAUGUAGAACGCUGGGGUUUUGCCAUCUCAGUCCAUCCUAUCGUUUUCAUUAAAUUAAAACAGUAACUUAAAAGAGAAAAAGGCACGCUUCAGAUUGCUGUGGAAAUUGUACUGAAGUAAUUAUAUUUUUUGCAUACCAAAUGAGAUCAUGAUGGCUACAGUUAUAAUACAGAAAGAGAGAAAGAAAAGGAAUCCUGUCUCUGUGAUCAUGCCAGUAUUGCUGUCAUGAAGAAAAACUUGGAGGCACUUUUAUGCAAAUGUUCUGGUAUGUAGUGAUGCUUCCUCCUUUCUGUCUGGUAAACAAUGAGGAGGAAAUAUACUUUGUCCAGUCAUUUUAAAAAAGGCAACCAGAGUCAUUCCUGUUUUUUGUGUGCUUUCUUAUCUUUGUUUGGCUUCAACACAGGGAUAGGAUUUUGGCUGAAGAAAGUAGAUAAAAUUACAGGUGGAAGGAGACUGGAGGUGAGAGUGGAAAACUUGAAGCCACAGGUUAAGCUAUAGAAAAAUAGGAAAUCAGAUCUAAACAGUUCAUCUUAAUUUUUUCUUUUAGUCUGUCAGGACAUUCAAGAAGUAAUUAAUGUUUUGGAAAAUUUUGUUACCGCUUUAUAAUUUUCUCUGUGCCAAAAUCAAGACUUUACAUGAGAUCUUGUAAAUACUUGUAUGCCUAAUAAAAUCUCUGGUUUUGUGGUAAUAACCAGUUAUUUUGCAGCCCUUGCACACAGACACCCAUGCUAAAAAAUAUUUUGGAGAAAUCUUCAGAAAGGUCACUGUCUUUGAUGGGCGUGAAGAUUGCCCAUUUCUCUGUCCUGCCUUCAGCCCCACCUCCUUCACUCCCACACCUUUCCCCAAGAGUUACCUUGGGUGGGAUCUGCAGGUUUGUCUGUUGCUGCUGUUUUAGGGGAGGCACAGGAGGGCUGUCUGGGCAGUGCUGGUUAAGGCAGCGUUUCCUCAACUGGCAGUCCUGGGAAAUGUACUACAGUGACUGAAGAGUGCGAGGUGGGACCUACUUCUGCUCUAAUUCAGAAAUGCUUUGAGAAUUAUUUAUGACAGUGUCAGGCACUGAUUUUGACAAUGUGGAUGGAAGAAGCUGAGUGCUGUUCUAGUUAAAAAAAGGAAAGAAAAAAUAACUGCUUCCAGUAAAUCUGGUGAGAACAUAUGUUUGCUAGAUUUGCAGGGUUAAAAUGUUAUUCCAGUAUCUUAAUCUUUACUUGUUGGGGUUUGUUUUAUCUUCAUCUACCUCUAGCAGAUUUAAAGAGGGGAAUUAUGUGAACAAAAUCAAGUAUUUACGUUUUGCAGCCACCAGCAGAAAUAAUAUUUAGUUCCUCUAAGUUUUAUACAAUAGAGGUCAGAAGUCUUUAUGCAGGAAACAAUUCAGCUUUUCUCAAGCUUGUAAAUUAUUUAUUCUGUUACAGAGUUCUUGAUUUAAGAAAAAGUUAUUUCUCUGUGUAACCUAAGUUUACACCAUAAUACUCUAUAUCAUUUCAGAGUUAGAAAUACCUGAAUAAUUUAAGAUCUUUUCCAACUGUUUCUUGGACAUUGUACUGGUCCAAGGAUAAUUUUUUUAUACAUUUUUAUAGAUUUGUAUAAUUAGUUUAGAGAUACAGCCUGGACUACUGAAAGAUGCAUUCAGAUGGUCAAGCUCUGGAUGCAUAUCCUUCAGUAUGUACACUGAGAAAGCUAUUUGCAUUAAUUUGUGCUGUGCACAAGUUCUUCUGAGAUGUAGAUAGACUGCCAAGACACAGUUAGAAAACAACUGAAUUAGAUGCCUGUUUAACAACAAUAUUUGAGAUGAAAUUGAUGUAAAGUGGCAGAAUGAACAAAACAGCCAUGCCUGGAAAUAUAAAAGACUCCUUAAGAAGAGGAGCAGAUCUGCAAGAGAAAGUUAACAGUAUCAUUAAAAGAGUACAUUAUAAAUAAAAUCUGUUGGGGGGGGCGCUUAAGUGAUGUGAUUUUUUUUUCAUACCUUCAAGAACUCUUCUUUGAGAUUUACCUGUUGUAUCUAAUAAAUAAAGUAUCUUGAACUUUGUCAUAUAGUUCAAAAUAUUAAAUCCAGGAGACUUGUGUAAUCGUGGGAUAAAUGGAUCUUUGUAUGUAUUGUUUCUUUUGGAUAUAUGUAGGGUGGGAAUAAAGUUUACUGAUACCUGCUUAUUGCAGGAGA